AUGGCUCCUAGAGAAACUAAUUGGGAUCGUAUUGCACAAACUCGGGCUGUAAAAAAAAUUACUCAUGUCAGCUUUCCACAACUCAAAUAUCCUUCUCUUAGGGAUUCCGGGAUCAGGGAUCCAGUGCAAUGGCUUAGUGGAAAGGUAUUAGAUGACGGAGCAGAUGGCCUCUGGCGGGUUCAUGACAAAUUAUAUGAUCUAACGAGUUUUGUUGAAAAACAUCCGGGAGGGGAAGAAUGGCUGGAACUAACAAAGGGAACUGAUAUAACAGAGGCAUUUGAAACUCAUCACUUAAAUCCUGUAGCUGAAAAAAUACUCUGUAAAUUUUACGUACGAGAUGCAAAAACACCACCAUUGCUCACUGUUGCUAGUCACAAUUUCAUACACCGUAAAACGAACUGGAGAAUGUUCUUAUUUAAUAUGAGUAUGUGGUCUUACAGAGACUUCCGAGUGUCACAUGUAUUAUCACAUCACCUUUAUACUAACACACUCAUGGAUCUUGAAAUCAGCUCUUUAGAACCAAUACUAUUGUACAAUCCCCGAAAAGAUAAACCGUUACAUGCUAGACUUGGAUUUAUUACAGAAUUUUGCUUCUUUCCCUUCAUUUUUAUCAUCAGUUUUGCUAAGAGGUUCUUUUCAAUAUUUUUCCGGGAGGGAUUUUUGAAGAAUCACUAUCGUUGGCAUGACGUACUCGGUUUAUUCCUCCCUUUGUGGAUGUGGCUAGUUACAGGAAGUCCUUUUACAAAAGUUUUGGUAACGUGGUUAUGGAUUGUCUGUACUGGUAGUUUACUUUUCCAUUUAAUUGGAGUGAACGCUGCUCAUCACCAUCCCGAUGCCAUAAAAGACGGCGAUCAACCCAGAGACGAAACUCCUGAUUGGGGUGCACAUCAAGUCGAAGCCCUUCUCGACCGUAAUGAUAUAAAUGGCAACCUUUUCGCUGUAGUAACACUCUUUGGGGAACAUGCUCUCCAUCAUAUGUUUCCGACACUGGAUCAUGCAGUCCUUAAAAACUUGCAUCCCCUGUUUAUAGAUAUUUGUGAGAAAUACAAAGCCAACUAUCGAACGUCAACACAAUUUCAAAUGGUCAUCGGACAAAUUAAGGAAACAAUGCGCACCAGCUUCAAGACUAUUGAUCAUUAA